AUGGCACCGCUCGCAAAAGCUGUUACGGUGUCCCUCGAGGACCUGAAAAAGGGUGAGAUUGAGCAGACGUUUUAUGCGACCAAAACAAAGACUCGAACCGUCCCACUCGACAAGCUGCAGGAGGCGUUCGGCCCCGACUCGCUCGGCAUUCUUGUCGUCCGGGACGUGCCCGCUGCCUUCGCCGCAUUGCGCCAGCGCCUGCUCUCCUACGCAUCGUACCUGGGCAACCUGCCGGCCGAUGAGCUCACGCGACUCGAAAACGAGACGGCCAAGUACCUGACGGGCUGGUCGUGCGGCAAGGAGACGCUCAAGAACGGCAAGGUCGACACGCUCAAGGGCUCGUACUAUGCCAACUGCGCAUUCUACGUCGAUGCGGCGCUCGACUGUGCUGCGCCCACGGCCGAGUUCUCGCCUGCCACGUUCCCCGAAUACCUGUCCCCCAACGUGUGGCCUGCCGAGUCGGUGCUGCCCGGCUUCCGCGCGGCCCUCGAGGAUCUGUGCCGGCUGAUCAUCGACGUGGCCGUACUCGUGGCGCGCGCCUGCGAUCGGUUUGCCGCCCAGGCAAUCCCAGACUACCCGUCGGGCUAUCUCGAGGCGGUCGUGAGCACGUCAACGACGACCAAGGCGCGGCUGCUGCACUACUACCCGCAGACCGCAGCCGACAGCAUCAAUGACAACAACGACAAAGACGGCGUCAACGACGACGACUGGUGUGCGACGCAUCUGGACCAUGGCUGUUUGACGGGCUUGACGUCGGCCAUGUUUGUCGACGAGGCUGCCGUGGACACACGUGUGCCCGACGCGGCGUCCUCCGCCCUGGAACCCCUCGCGGAGCUCGACGCGUCGCCCGACCCGGCCGCCGGCCUCUACAUUACGUCGCGCACGGGCGACAUCGUCCAGGUCAAGAUCCCGCGCGACUGCAUUGCCUUCCAGACGGGCGAGGCGCUGGAACGCAUCACGGCGGGCAAGUUCAAGGCCGUGCCGCAUUUUGUCCGCGGCGCACGUCCCGUUUCCGGGUCCACCAGCCGCAUUGCGCGCAACACGCUGGCCGUGUUCACGCAGCCGAACCUGGGCGACGACGUGGACCGCGAGCAGCACAUUACAUUUGGAGAGUUUGCCCGGGGGAUCGUAGCCAAGAACACGGUUGGGUAG